CAGCCAAGUGUCGGUACACAGGCAUGUUAUCAAAUUACAGCUACUAGUACUGUGUACAGAGCAGUGUUCAGAGCAGUGUUUAGCUAGCUAGCUAUAGACUGUUACAGCUAUAUCUAUACACAGGGGUAUAGAAAAACAGUAUUAUGGCUGACCCAACAGAAUACCAAGCUCCAGAACUAGACCAAGAGAAGGCAAUGGAUCAGUACCCACCAGAGACAGACAAGCAGCCCCUUAUAGAAGCAGAGCCACCAAGGCCAAUUCUAGCUCCUGAAGUGCACCCCCAGCCAAGAUCACUGGCUCCCCCUGGCCCCCAGCAGUACCCCCCACAGUAUGGACAAGGCCCAUUUGGCAAUAUCAAUGCAAGGCAAACUAACACUACAGUGGUGGUUUCACAACAACCGACAAGUGUUGUCUACCAACAAGAUGUUCCAGCUUGGGUCGGGUCAGAUUUGAUUAUUUACUUCUCAAUAUUCACCAUGCUUUGUUGCGGAUUACUGCCUGGAAUUGUGGCCUUGAUGCUCGCUUGGGAGGCUCGCAGCAAGAAGGAGAUUGGACAAAUUGAGGAGGCCAAAUCCUGGUCUCUGGCUGCCAUUGUCUGCAAUGUACUCGCUGCUUUACUGGGUGUGGCUGCCAUUGUGUCUGUCUCUGUGUACUACGGCGUCACAAUCAGCAGUGUUUACAUACGUUAAUAACGGAACUUUGCUGUCAGCUUGAACCUGAAUAACCAAUGUAGUAUUUGUACUGAACCUUGCAUGUAUACUGUACUAGUGGCUAUUAGCAUUCCAUAUAAAUAUGUUUGUUGAUUGUUAACACGAUUAAGAUACAAGAUGUUCUAUAGUUAUAUAAUUAUAUACUUCAUGUUUACAUAUAAAUAUGUUUAUUGAUUGUGCUAUUCUCAAGAUACAAGAUAUUGAUGAGAACACUGAACAAA